AUAGGGGGUCUCUGACUCAAUGUCUCUCUGACAUUUCCCUCUGCCUUUCAUGUGAGGAUCAUGACAUUCAUUAGACAGACAGGCAGGACAAUGUGGGGGGUCUCUACCCACAGCCCGAGACUCUCAUAGAGCACAAGGCAGAGAGCCGAGAGCCGAGAGAGACUUCCACAGACCAUGUUCUCCAGAAAGAGGAGCUUCACAUUCGGGGCCAACAGUGGGAAACCAGAAGACGCCGCUCUCUGUAUCUCUGAUGCGAUGGAGACUCCGAGAGAGAUCCCCCAGGCGCCUCCGGCUCACACCAAGCCGGUCGACUUGUUUGAGAUGAUUGAGAAAAUGCAGUGCAGCCGACUGGAGGACCAGCGAUGUGUCUUUCCCUCGCCCCUCAAGGGAAGGGCAGAAGAUGCCGCACAUCCGGGGAUACACGAGAUACUGAGGCGCGGCCCCCCACUCCCUCUCCUAAUCCCCCCUACAUUUGGAGGCUACUGGAUCGAGGGCACCAAGCACAUGUUGCCCCACCCCGGCUCCACCCUUCGGGCGCCCAAUGAGAGGCUCCACAUCCUGCAGUCGGACCCCACGGCCAGGCUGUAUAGGAAGCACUUCCUGGCGCAAUUUCGAUUCUGGGAAAAAGUGAAUCUUCAGAAUUUCAAAGGGUUCCGGGGGGGCCUGGAUGUGUUCCAGGGGCAAACGGGAUCCGAGUCCAUUUACACCACGUUCCGGGGCCACGAGAUCAUGUUUCACGUAUCAACCAAACUGCCCUUCACCCCCGGCGACCCCCAGCAGCUGCAGAGAAAGCGCCACAUUGGGAAGACUUGUGAAUUGGUCUUCCAGAGGAGGGGGGCGUGUGUUCUCCCCGAUCUCACGCUCCCUUUCCUCCAUUGUUUCCUGGUGGUGCAGUUGUGUAAGGGCCCCACUGGGGACCCCUACUUUAAGGUGUCGGUCACAGCCCGAGAUGAUGUCCCUCUGUUUGAGCCGCCGCUCCCCAAUCCUGCUGUGUUCCCCAAGGUGAGUGCAACCCCAGUGGCCAAGUCAUUAUUUACUUUCCCUUUACACUUAUUCUGUGUCCAGAAGCUUAUGGGCCCCCUAACUGGCCUUCAGGCUGGGUUCCGGGAGUUCCUACUCACUAAGCUGAAUAAAUGCACGAGGUCAGUUGUUUACUCGGGCCGAGAAGAUUUCUCCAAACUGCAGGAGCGCACUCGGGGCGCUCUCAUAGACAGCCUGUAUGAGGAGCUCUCCAUGCACAACCAGAGAGUGCUGGGGACACUGGAUGAGAGCGCUGGGGAGAAGCUGGAGAGCGGGGGGACUGGAUUCCUGGAGAACAUUAAGACGUUCUCAUUGUCCCUGCGCAGCCCCCAGCGCUCUCGUGAGGCCCUCGCCCGCACCCACCGGGCCAGCAGCGUCGCCACCGAGGGGCCCCCCGACGAGAGGAGGACACUCUCCUAAAAUGAAGGCGCUCAGGGGCCCCCCGAGAGCUGCACUGGCACCAACCAUGCCCCCCUAGAUGAUACCCCAGCAGAUCAUCACCUACAGGAUCAGCUGUUCCCUUACCCACCCCAGGGGCAGUUACUGCGAUACAGAGCUUAUUGCCCGACGCUGGUGCCAGAAGGGCCCCAUUACCAGGGACUCACUUACCCAAUGGCUUCUCCCCCACCCACACUGCCUGCCCCCGUGAACUAGGCUCCGCCUCCUUCUGCUACAAAAUGCAGCCCCAUCAGGCUGGCCAUACCCUGUCUCUACUACUCCCCAGGCAGAGAGCCAAUGUGGUGCCUGUGUGUGACUGUGGCAGUUCUCCCAAUAAAAAGGCAGAUUUAUUCCAGA